CUUUAAGGCUUUCAAGUUGGGGCAAACAAUGAACUAAAAGCAAUACUGGAGGUUGCAAAUGUGAUAUCGUGCAUUAUAGGGCGUGUCAUCUGUUAUGUGUAUUUCGUAUCCGAAUUGGAGUGUUUUUAAUUGCUUCACGUUCAUUUCAACAUUUGUGAACACCAGGCAAUAAUUCAGCUUUUUUUUUAAAAAAUCGUCUUCAAAGCGAAAAAAAAAGUAUAACACCUAAUAAUUAACGCAGAGCCCAGUACGUGUGGGCCGUCCAUCUCCAUCUAUUGUUUCUAUGUUUAAUCAAAUUAUGGAGAGAGGAAUCCACUGCGUCCUCAACUAAUUCGUUGGAGUGAAAAGUUUCGCAGUGGCCACAGAGACGGCUCAAAGCGCCAGUGUGUCUGGUCAGUCAAGGUGGAGCCUCUGACAUUUUUUUUUAAAAGACAAACACCGAGUUUGAAACCAUUUAUUUGGCUGUUUCCCUUCGGAUCCCCGGGAGGCAGUUUAGCCUCUAGCCGGAAAGGAUACGUGUCAUCCCGCUGUGCCAGUGCACAAAAAAACUCCCUUUUCCUGAAUUUUAAACAAUCACAACUGAACAAUGUACGAGGCCUGGAUGGUGAUGGACGUCCUCAAAACUGUAAUAUUAGGCUGAAUAGAAUCCAGCAAGAACGAGUUACCAUUCAUGGCUUUUGAAAUUUGCUGCUUUUAAAGUGAAGGUGACACACAACUGCAGACAACAGGAACUAACCAUUGGGGGAGGGAUGUGCCUGCAUGUUCGAACCUACAUGAAGGAGGACCAGUGCAGGACAUUAUGGGACGUACCAUUGCUGAUGUCGAUGAGGCAGGCAAAAGUCAUGGCUGACACUAUAUUUGGAAGUGGAACAGAUCAGUGGGUGUGUCCUAAUGACAGACAACUUGCCCUUCGAGCCAAGCUCAAAACUGGCUGGUCUGUACACACUAACGAGACGGACAAACAGCGGCAAAAUCAGAUACUAACUAAGAAUGAAGUUGCAAUUAUACUAGAUGUCAUCAAAAGAGCCGAGUGUCUGGAUCUGGUUGAACAGAAGCGGAUUGGUCGCCUCGUUGACCGUUUAGAAAACAUGAAGAAGAAUGUGAUGGGAAAUGGUCUAUCCCAAUGCUUGUUAUGUGGAGAGUUACUUGGAUUUCUGGGAUCAACAUCUGUCUUCUGUCAAGACUGUAGGAAGAAAGUCUGUGUAAAGUGUGGAAUUGAAACAGUUGGGAGCCAGCGGAGACCAGUGUGGCUUUGCAAAAUAUGCAGUGAGGGGCGAGAGAUUUGGAAGAGAUCUGGCGCUUGGUUUUACAAGGGGUUGCCAAAAUUCAUUCUGCCAGUGAAAAGUACUGCUAGAAACAACGAGCUGCACCUACGACCUAUUCAGAUGGAGCAUGGACAAAGUAUUAUUGUCAACCGAUCGUACAGUUGGGCUAAAGAAAGAGUUGUCUCCAGUGACAGCGAAAGUGAAUCCGAGUGCAGUUCCUCCAGCCAAGAUGACAAAGUUUCAGCCAGCAGCUCAAAAAAUCACAAGACAAGAAAAGAAAGAGAGGAGUCUGGUAGGAAAAUGAAAGCUUCGAGCUGGGAGCCAACCAAUAAAACUCCGGGUAACCAUCAGUUGACAAAUACUUUAUCCGGGAGUCGGCCCAGCCUUGGUAGUGAGCAUGGAGGAGGUUCAAGUGCCAUAGAGAGCUACAGUGGUGAUGUCCUUGAUGAUGACUACAGCAAUGAUUUUGACAAGAACUCUCUCGGUUGUCAUUGAGUGGGCCAGGGUCCAGGCAUCCUCCCAAUCUCUGUCAUUCAAGGAUUGCCCCCGUUCUCCUUCCCAAGAUGCCCGGGUUAGAGCUGUUGAUUUUGAUGUCAUAUGAAUAAAAGAAUUGUAUAAACUUGA